AAUUUGGUUCAUAGAAAAGUAUCUAUAUGAACGGCAGAUUUUUUUUCCUAAAAAGGACCAUUGAAAAGAGAAAGCUCCCAGGCACAAUUAUCGAAGUCGCCUCACCAAAACCUUUUUCCGGCACCGGUAGAGCCUCUGCUUGCCGGUGCCGGGAUCUUUUUCCUUCUCGGCGAUUUCUCUUCAAAAUCUCUCUUGGUUGGAUCCUCUUCUUUUCGUUUUCUAAUCUUUUUGCUCCUUUCAAUUUGUCCCUUACAUCCAAAAGUGUUGAGACCGACACAUACACGACCGUGCUUACUGUUGGAGCUAGCUCCUUUACCCUUAAACUUCCCGCGAUUCUCAUGGGUCGUCCUUCUCACCGGCUCCCCUCGAAGUCAAGACCAGCAACUCACGGCUCCUCUCUGUUGGAUUUAGAUCCCCCCACCAAGCGUUUUGCUUGGAUGCGGUUGGACCGGAGCUCUGCUUUGACGUCGGAACCGAUGAAGAACACGAUAACGGAUCUCUCAACCCACUCCUCAUCUUUGGCAGCGCUGGUUCGGCCAGAUCUCGUACCUAGAAAACUCACCGCCGUUUUGCAGCCGCCGUCGGCGAAGAUGGGAGAGUGAUGAAUCAUGGGAUUAGAUUAUUGUUUAUGUGCAGUGGAUUACAUUUUUUGUUUCCCGGAGAAGAAAGGCUUCUUGCAUAAUGGCCUAAUGGGUACCUGUGUAAAAUUUUAAGGCUGGAGAAGAUCUUAAGACUUGAUGUUAUAUUGAUUAGUUUGAGUUUUAUGUGGUUUUGGUGUUUCUGAUUUGUGUUCUUAAGAACUUUAGAACAACGAUUGUGAUUUGUGUUGUGGAUGUGAUCUAAAAUAUAUUGUAAACUCUUUUAAAUC